UGCAGUUUGUGCUUCCAGGAACAGACAGAGCCGCUGCCAGAGGGGAGCCAGGAAGCACCACUGCCGCCGCUACGAUGGACUGACGCCUGAAAACAGCUCGUUUCUGUCCGCACAGCUGCACGACUUCAUUUCUCCAAAAAAUCUCCGGUUAGUUUUCAAGAAAUCAUUCUGUUGGAAACUCCUCUUCAUACUGACCCUUGGUGAAAUUUAUUCAAUCAAAAGAGGGCCUUGAAGUCCCGGUCCUGCCCUCAUCCUCUUCCUUGUGCAAUGCCGAAGAGUGACACGUGGCCAGGUGGCGUUGCCAUGGAAUCCUUGAGCAAUAUGGACAGUGCUGGGAGCUGCGACAGUGUAAUCAGCAUGAACUCUGGCUGUAGUGAGGACAGUAUGGAGCACUUAUCUGCAGAAGAGAGAGCGUGUCUCAUGUAUCUGGAGGAAACAAUUGAGGCUCUGGAGGUACAGGAGGACAGCGGCUUUUCCAAUGAUGAACCAGAACCUGGGCACCUGGCAGAAAAAAUGGGUCAGAUGAGAGGAGAGGAUAUUUCCAGUGUCAAGUCUGAUGAGUCCAAAACAGACCAGGAAUCAUUUCUCAGUAAUGCCGUGCCCACACCAAUUGCCCAUUUACCAGCAGUACCUGGAUCCAGAGCGUUAAACGUUGAAGACAAAGCUGAGCCUCAUGCUCCUGAACCACAGUCCACUGCUGAUUCUUCAUCAGUAAAGCUCAUGACUCAACCAAAACCCUCAGUUCCUGAAUCAGUUGCUGACUGCAAAGUUUCCUCACCAGCUACUCAGACUGAGGUCUUGAGUUCAGCCACUGAUGGACCUGGCAAUUCUAAGCAUGUCCCUACAGCUCAGUCCACUAAGGCCUCUGACAUAGAUCUGGAUCUGAUCCCCCCUCCCUCAGACUUCAUGGAUGAACCAGACCUUCCUCCACAGCCAGAGAAAGAAGAACACCUUCCUCUAUUUGCAGAGACCUCCAAUAACAGGCCAACACCUAUUGACUUGGAGCAGCAACAACAAAGUGCCUCGGCAAAGAAAACCUCGGUGGACACCCCUUUAACUGAGGAACCUCCAAACAAACCCACAGCUGGAGUGCCUGCAAGUCUUAAUCCACCAGCAGUUGCCUCUGUUCUUCUAAUGAGCCCCCCUCCUGAGACAGCAGAGCCCAGAAGUCCACCUGCUGUGGCCCCUAAGCCCAAGAAGCUUCCUGCCAACAUUAUUCUCAAGUCACACAAGGCAUCGGUGGCUGGCUCAGAUGCCAACUCAGUUCAUUCGGUCCCUGCUAGCCCUGACCGACAGAUGUUGGACCCUCAGAGAGUCCGCAUUGAGGCCCUACGAAAGCUUGGCUUGCUUAAAAGUGAAGAGGUAGAUUCAGGCCCUAUCUUGAGCCCCAAACUUUCUCCCAAAUCUCGAAAGUCAUGGGCAGCUCCUCCUCGUUCUCCAAUCAGCCCAGCAGCUCCACAUACACCACCCUUAACACCAUCUUACAGCCAAGUGAACAGCACACCGCCUGUGGCUGUGGCACCAUCAGCUACUUUUGCAGCUCCUGAUAUUCUUCCAGUACCUGCUGCUUUCAGUGAUGGACGUCUCCCAUCAAAUACUGAACUGUCCACUGUUUUAGGGGCCACAGUUAAUAUGACCCCUCCUCAUACCCCUCCUGCACUGAUCAAGCUGCCAACCCCACCCAAGAAAACUGGUAUCAAAUCAGCUACCUUGGAGCGCUCUGGCCUGGGUCUAAGCAGUUAUAUGGCUCAAGAAUCCAAUAAAGCUAAACAGGACGUCAGUAGCGAGCAAAGUCUCAAUCAAUUGCGUAACAAUCGGCCACGCCCUGCCUCUCUAGGGAGUAGGAAGGAGUUUUCAAGCAGUCUGGGAGAAGGUGUGCAGGCAGGCAUUCCCGCCAGCAAAAACCCGAACUCACGGGUGUCCCUGCCUCUCCAUACUGCCUUUCAGCACUCUGGAGACUCUCAGAAGCUGCCUCGAUCACAAGGCAUCAGCGUGCUGAUCUGCCCUCGUGCAGAAAAUGGAGAGAACCGCCGCGAGGCUCUGAAAAAGCUGGGACUGCUCAGGGACUGAUGCAAAUCUUACAAAGAUAUUUAAACCAACAUACCGCAUUGAUUGAAGACAUUACAAAACGUUCGGGAAGCAGCUUAUAUUUAUGCAUUUCCAUUUUUACUGCAUUAAACAAUUAUAACCAGAGACUGCCUCACAUGGACAUCAUGCCGACACACGCAUGUAUUUGUUACUUGUAUAGCCAAAUGUACAUGUUUUAUUUCUCAUAAAACUGCAAUCAGGAACUCCAUGGAUCUUAAACAACUCUGAGUGUAGCUGUGGGUUUUUUGUAAAUUAAAUACUGCUACUUUUUAGAGGAAGUGCUUGGUUGCUGUGUCAUUUUGUCAUGUGAUCCUAUUGCACUUAACACUUAACACUGUCUGCUUUCACAAGUGACUCUUUGUUCCAGUGACACCAUAUAGUUCCCCUCAUUGUUCUCCUUUUUCCUUUUUUUUUAACUUCAAAGGUUACUUAUACUUUCAGUUCCUAAACACUGUUGGAAUUAUUAGUCUGACUUUGUUGGGAUUUUUUUAUUUUUAAGAAAGCACUAAUAUGCAACGUUUUGUGUAUUUAUGACUGCAUUGACCCAGUUUGCUCAGUGUGCCGUGUUUCAUGCAUCAGAACUGUAAAUGAUAGCAAAUGUAGAGAGUAUGUCCCACAUUGCUAGAUCUUACCUUACUGUUACUCAAAGCACACAGUCCGUGGCCAGUAGGUGAUAAGAAUCUGAAACAUGUGGUUUGCAUGGUUGCAUGGUGACGCACAUGUCAAAUCUCAUGAGUUUGUUACAUAGCAGCUAUGUGUAGUGUCACAGUGUGUAUGUCAGUUGUACGUGAGCUGAUUGAACAACUUCUAUUAUGAGCAUUAUUACGUAAUGUUUUCUUGAUCACACGCUGCAUCGACAUUGUCCAACCAAUCACACAUGUCUUCUUACGUGCAUUUGUAAUAUGUCAUAUUUGUUUUCCCAAGGUGUCAUCUGAAGCACAGGCCCUCAUGUGUCAUGUCAAAUAAAAAAAAUUGAGGCACCAGUUUUCUGGCACCCAGCUUCAGUACCUUUUAUCUGAUGUGAUGGUGAGAGAACUGGUGCAACCUGUUUUCUCACCUCCUGGUUUAGGUUUAUAAGCAGACGUCUGUCUGGAAACAUUUUAUCACUGUUGGAGGCUUUUAGUCAGAAAUAAAUUCGCCUUUUCCUGUAAUUUGUUCUGAAGGUCACCUACUGCUGUGAAAAUUAAGCUCAAUUUGAAAAAUAUUUCUCCGAGUAUGCAUUUGCACCAUAGUUUGUAGAGAACAGAAGUUUUUAAUCAACUGGACUGGAGUGGUUUUCAUUUUAUAGACUAGAACAUAACUCACUCCUCUAUGUUGGAAGGCAGCCACAUCAAAGAUUUACCAUAAUUUCACUGGUGGAGCAGCAUAAUGUGUCCAAACUGAUAAUAAUUACUGUUAUCUUUUAUUGUGCAACUAGAUCACCUGGGUGCAUUUUGUUCCUUAAUAUCUGCAUCUGUGUCAAGUGCUACUUCAUAUAUGAGCCCUGCCCUGCAUUCUUUUUUCCCUUUUGGCUUUGUUGUUUUGAUCAACCCCAGGAUUUCUUUUGCAUUUCCAUAAAUUUUCUAUAAAUAGAAUAUUUUCAUAUGUUUAUCUUUUCACACAUUUUCCUAAGGAAGUAAACCUCUGAUUUAUAUCUGUCAGGGGAAACUUUUAACAAUAGCAAAGUUGUUUGAAUAUUCUUUUGAAUAGUUUAGUUUAUAGAUAAAGCAAAUAUGCAUAA